AUGAAAUAUCUUGAUUCCAAUCCAGGAGAAUUGAAACGAAUAAUUAUUCAUGAAUUAGGACAUACAUUCGGCUUUGAUUAUUGGUUGUUUCCUUACCUACGUUAUGAUGAUGGUAGUCCCAGAACAAGGCGUAACCCACAAACUGGUGAACCGAAAUUGCCAAAACAUGUCAACGAAGGUUUAAAAGCUGAUCGAAAUACUAUACAAUACGUGUCCAGGAAAUGGCGUACCGUCUCCAGUGACCAGACGUACCAGAGAGUCGGAUUAACAUUACGGAGUGUAGUCAACUUUGCUAGAAAUCAUUUUCGAUGCAAUGAGCUUGAUGCGGUUGAUCUAGAAUCGGACGGUCACGGUGGAUCUCGACUUUCACACUUCGAACGACGUCUGUCAAUCGGUGAAGUGAUGUCUCCUAAAGUCGACAUCAUGGCGUCUGUUUCUGGUUUAACUCUCAGCUUCUUCAAAGAUACUGGAUGGUAUGAUGUAAAUAUGUCUAUGGCUGAACCAUGGGAUUGGGGUCGUAAUCAAGGUUGUGAAUUUAUUUUCGAAAGUUGUGGUCGAUUCAUUAAAAGACAAAAGACUGCAUCACCUUGGUGUAAUGAACCAAUUACUAAAAAUUCUGGUAUUCGGUGCAUUCCUCAUAUAAAUGCAUACGGGGUAUGCAAUUUAGUGGAUGUCGGUCACACUCUAAAACCAGAGCAUACACACUUCAAUAACCUACCCGAUGUAGAGCCUUCGAGACAAAAUAGAUUUGGAGGAUUUGAUAUUCAUGCUGAUUACUGUCCAUAUAUGCAUAUGUUCAAUAAUGUUAUGAGUACAACAAUGAAUUCUCACUGUGGAGAUAUUAAUAAUCGGAAGUACCAAGACGUACAUAGCGAUAGUCAAUAUUAUGGAAAGAAGUCACGAUGUUUCAAUUAUGGAACAACCUAUAUGAGUGGAAACCGCAGCUGGUCAUUCUCAGGUUGUUUUCAAGUGAAGUGUACUCUUAGAUUCGAACAUCUAGUUUACUUCCGCAGAGAAUGGCGUGAAUGUCCAAGACAGGGUGGUAUUAUUAAAACAGCUUUAGAAAACACUAGAUAUGAUUGGAUUGAAUGUCCAGACUUUCGUGAUGCAUGCUCUGUGAGUUAAACAUAGUCGAUAUUAUGACUAUCAUUUACCUAUUUCCUUAUUCAUUUUGUG